AUGAAAGCAGCUGAAAUUAAAUCUUAUCUUGAAGAAAAAUAUGCAUUUCUCAGUGGAGCUAUUGAUAAGAAAGGUUAUUUAAUAAUAACAUUUCCAAGUUCAUCAUCUAUUGAAAAAUUAUCUGGUGAAGAAUUAAAAAAACUUCUUAUUUAUUUAGCAUCAAUUAAUUCAUCAAAUGGUGAUCCAAGAUUUACUUUUAUUGUUGAUAUGCGACAACGUACAUGGGAAAAUUGUAAACAUAUAUUUAAAGUUCUACAAGAACAAUUUCCAUAUAAAAUUGAACAUGUAUAUAUUGUUAAACCGGAUGGAUUUUGGGAUAAACAUAAAAUAUCACUUGGCAUGUCGAAAUAUACAUUUGAACAUUCAGUUGAAUCACUUGAAAGUUUAACUUAUGCUAUUGAUCGUAAUCAAUUAACAUCAGAUUUAAAUGGAAUAUUUCCAUAUAAUCAUAUUCAUUGGUUAGAUUUUCGUUUAAAUUUAGAAUCAUUUGUAUAUAAUUCAAAAGAAACAUUACAUGCAUAUGAAUUACUUUAUAAUGAUUUACAACAAACUGAUCUAUCAAAUAAUGUUAUUCGAGCACAAGAUGCUAUUGAAACACAUAUGACAGUAUUUAAAGAUCAAUUAUCACGUGUUAAUAUUGAACCAUUAAUAAAUGAUGGACAACAUUUAUUAAAUAUGUUAAAAGGAAAUAAUUUAGAAAAUGAAAAUUUAAUAUUAAAAACACAUCAACAACGAACAUAUCCAUUAGAUUAUUUUGAUGAAGCAAGAAAAAUUUCAUUAGUUAUGGAUAAUCUUCGUUCAGCAAAAGAACGAUGUUUUCAAUUAUGGCAUCAAAAAAAAAAUCGUUUAGAACAAAAUUUACAAUUAAGAUUAUUUGAACAAGAUUGUGAUCGAUUAUGUGCAUGGAUUGGAAAUAGUCGUUUGAUUCUUGGACCAAAAUAUACUGAUAUUGGUUCAAGUUGUUCACAAGCAAUGCAACUUUUAGCUGAACAUGAACAAUUUGCUAAAAAUAAUGAAACAGUUAUACGUCGAACACAAAAUGUUGGUGAUCGACUUAUAUCAAGUGGACAUUAUGCAACAAAUGCUAUUAAAAAUCAAAUGAAUCGUUUAAAUGAUGAAUGGGAAAGUUUAACACGAUUACUUGAUAAUCGUACAAAUAUAUUAACAGCUUCACUUCAAUUUCAUCAAAAAGCUGAUGAAUAUCUUGUACAAGUACCAACAUGGAAACAUUUAUGUUCAUUAACAGAUGAUUUAACAACAAUUGAAAGUAUGGAACAUUUAGAACGUUUACUUCAACAACAUUUUAAUUUAUCAGAAAAUAUUUCAAGAAUUUAUGCUCAAAUUUGUAAUGAUGGUAAAGCAAUAAUUGAUUCUGUAGCACCAUCACAACAGACAACAACUGAUUAUCAAUUUGAUUUUCGUGCUGGUGCUAAACAUAUUCUUGAAAUUGUUCAAGAAAUUUUAGUUAAUCAUCGAUAUCUUGAUGCUAAAUGGAAUCAACGUAAAGCAUAUUUACAACAAAGACUUAGUUUUGUUGCAUUUGCUAAUGAUGUUCAACAGAUUCUUGAUUGGAUUGAAAAACAUGGUGAUGCUUUUUUACAAAAAAAUCUUGCUGUUGGUAUUGGAAAAUCACUUCGACAAGCAAAAAAACUUGAUAAAAUGCAUACAGAUUUUGAAAUGGCUAUUAAAAAUACAAAAACUAAUGCAGAAAAUUUAAUAGCUGCUGCUGAUAAUAUGUAUAAUGAACAAUUACAACAACAACAAAAAAAACAAUCUCAAACAAAUAUAAAUAAUAAUAAUAAUAAUAAUCAAAAAACUGAAGAAGAUAAUGCUGAUAAACAAUUAAAUCAAGGUCGUACAAAAAUUUAUCAAUUAGCACAUGAUCUUGAACGACGUAUGCGUGAAUUUGAUGAACGUGUUGCUCGUCGUCGAUAUAUACUUGAUGUUAAUCUUAAUUUUCAUACACAUUGUGAAGAAUAUUCAGAUUGGUUAUCACAAGUUGAACUUGUUUGGUCAACAACAGGUGGUGAUGAUGAUGAUUAUGAAAUGAUUGUUAAUAAUUGUGAAGAUAUGCUUGAAGCUUUAAUUGAACAACAUGAAGGAGCUAUGGAAGCAUGUGUAACUAUUGAACAAGAAGGACAAAUUCUUUUAGAUUAUUUAACUGAAGUUCAAUCAAAGAUAACACCAAAUGAUACAACAUCAUCACCACAAUAUACACAUCUAUUAAAUUUAAUUCAAUCAAUACGUAAAAAAACUAAUGAAUUAGAAAUAAUUUGGGAAAAACGACGAUUACGUGUUGAAUUAUUUGUACAAAUAAAACAUUUUGAAAUAUAUUCACGAGAAGUGUCACAUUUACUUGAUAUUUGGUCACACGAAUUGGUCAAAAUGCAACAACAACAUCAACAACAACAACAACAGCAACAACAAUCGACCAAUUCUGUUAGUUCUGUUAUCAUUCCACCAGCUCUUCCAUUAGCAUUACAAACGCUCAUUAAUGGAGGUACAUCAACAACACGACAUCGUUCUCAUCAUCAUAGUAGCGAUCGAACGACUGGUAAAGUGGAUGAUUGGGCCCAAGUGCAAGAACAUAUACAUACACGCGUUGCACAAGUCGUGCAACGUGGUAGAGACUUGCUCAGUUUAAUGGAAAAAUCACAAGAAUUUAAAGUAAAACUUGAUCAACAACAAUCUUCAUCUUUAUCAUCGAUAUCAUCAAUUAAUGAAUCAUCAAAUUCUGUUAAUUCAAAUCAACAACAAUCAUUAAUACCAUCAUCAGAUCAAAUUCGUAAUUUAAUAUUAGUAAUGAAUGAUCGUGAACAAAAAUUAUCAGAAUUAGCAACACAACAACAAAAACUUAUUCUAUGGAGUGUACAAUUUGUAAGACUUGAAAGAGAUUGGAAUGAAAUCAAAAUUAUGAUUAAUAAUUUUGAAGCAAAAUUAGCAUCAAAUUUAACAUUAGCUAUUAGUCUAACUGAUGCUGAAAAAUUCCAUCGGGAUCAUGAAGAUAUUAAACCAUUUGUUGAUAGAAUAUGUGAACGUAUUGAUAUUCUUCAACGUAAAACAGAAAAAUUAUCUACUGUUAUAUCAAAUAAUGAUUCAUCAUCAGGUCCAAGUGAAUUAAUAAAUACAUUAAUAUCAGCACGACAAAAAGUUCAAUUACAAUUUGAAGAUCGUUUAAGAUUAAUUAAUGCACAAAUUAUUUUUUAUAAAUCAUCUGAACAAGUUUCACAAAUGUUAGAUACACUUGAACGUGAAUAUCGUACUGUUGAAGAUAUACAUGAAAAAUUAAAAAUUUAUAAUGAUGAUGAAAUACAAAAAAUUUUAGCAGAUCGUUUAGAACAACUUGAUGAAAAUAAACAUAGUUUCUUACGAGCAUGUACAGUUGCUCGUCAAAAAUCAGAUUUAUUUCAUAAAUAUGCACUUCGUAAUGCAGCUAAUUUAAUAAAACCAGAAGCUUAUUUAAAACCACUUGAACAAAAAAUUAAAAAUGUUUCAACAAUAUUAAAAAAUAAAGAAGAUACAGUUUUAAAUGCAUGGCAUCAUAGAAAAAAAAUAAUUGAUGAAUAUUUACAAUAUAUUUCAUUUAAACGUAAUACAGAUAAAGUUUUUGUAUGGAUUGAUGAACAUGAUGAAUGUUUUGUAUCAAAACUUGAAGAAUUAGAUAUUAAUGAUGAUGGUUAUAUGGAUUUUGUUCGAGCACUUAAGGAAAAGAAAACAAUGGUACGGAAAUUAGUUGAACGUGCUGAUGUAUUAGUAGAACGUUCACAUUCAUUUGCACCACUUAUUAAAGAUACAUGUAAUCGACUUGAUUCUGGUUUUAAUAAUUUUUUUCAAAAAAUCAUGAGAAUUAAUAAUAAAGAAGAAAUUGACAAAGAAGCUGGUCGUAAAAGUGAUUCAAGUUUAGAAGAAAAAUUAGAACAACAAGAAUUAAAUGAAGGAAAACGUAAAGCAGCAAAACAACGAGAAUUAAUUUUUAAUGAAUUACUUAAUACAGAACGUGCAUAUGUUGAUAGUUUAAGUAAAUGUAUUCAAUAUUAUAUGGGUGAAAUGCGUCAACAUUCUGAAGAUGUACCAGAAUUUUUACGUAAUAAAGAAUCAAUAUUAUUUUUAAAUAUUGAAGAAAUUCAUAAUUUUCAUAAGAAUUUAUUCCUCAAAGAUUUAGAAAGAUAUGAAGAUAGUCCAGAAGAUGUUGGUCAUUGUUUUGUUACAUGGGCUAAACAAUUUCAUAUUUAUUAUGUUGAAUAUUGUAAAAAUAAUGAAUCAUGUAUUAAAUUAUUAACACAAUAUCGUGGUCCAUAUUUUGAGACAAUUCAACAUAAAUAUCAAAUUGAUACAAUUAAUUCUUAUUUAAUUAAACCUGUUCAACGUAUAACUAAAUAUGAAUUAUUAUUACAACGUUUAAUGUCUUGUUGUGAAGAAUCUAAAGGUGAAGUUAAAGAAGGUUAUGAUCUUAUGUGUAGUGUACCAAAAAAAGCAAAUGAUGCUAUGCAUCUUAGUUAUCUUGAAGAACUUGAAUCUGGUUUAACAAAAGAAGCAUUAGGUGAUGUACUCCUACAAAAUACAUUUCAAAUAUGGGAUUCAAAACAAAUUAUAAAAAAAGGAAAAGAACGACAUGUUUUUCUAUUUGAAACAAGUAUUGUAAUUGCAAAAAUUCUUAAACCUGUUGCACGUGGAACUGUUCGAUAUAUUUAUAAAUAUAAAUUAAUGACUGCUGAAAUCUUUGAUGUUAAAGAACAUUUAGAAGCAGGUGAACCAUGUAAAUUUGCUUUAUAUACAGGUCGUCCAAUGUCAUCACAUACAGCUGAUCUUCGAGUAACACUUAAAGCAAAUGAUCUAAGUACAAAACAACAAUGGGUUAUUCGAAUACGAGAACUUAUUCAAGAGAAUGAUCUUUAUCAUGAUUUAUCAAUGCAUGAAACAAAUACGAAACAAACAACAAUACAAAAUAAAAUUUCACAGUUUAUUAAUACUAAUCAGUCAGAUAGACGAUCACAAGAAAUAGCUGAUAAUAUAUCUGAUGAAUUUGAACAUAUAAGUCGUGGUGGUUCAUUAUCAAGUAUGACAACAGGUUCAUUUUCAAGUACUGGUCAAUAUCAUCAAAUUCAACAGGUAUAG